AUGUUUGCAUCUGUGGCUCUUCUCCUGGUGGCUGUUUUGCUCCUGCUGCUCCUCUUUCGGACCCAAAGGGCUAAAAAUUUCCCUCCAGGCCCCCGACCCAUCCCCAUCUUUGGAAACGUGCUGGAGCUCAAUCUGGAGAGUCCCCUUGCAGACCUGGAGAGGCUGGCCAAACGCUAUGGUAACGUCUACAGCCUGUUCAUUGGGCACAAGCCUGCAGUCGUCAUCAAUGGCCUGCAGGCCUUGAAAGAAGCCCUUGUCACCAAAGCUGCUGACUUCGCUGGCAGACCACAGGACCUAUUGGUCAAUCAUGCUGUACAGGUGAAAGCUCAAGCUCCAGGAGUGAUUCUAGCAGAUUAUAACCCUGGCUGGAAAGAGCAACGACGCUUUGGUCUGAUGACCCUGAGAAACUUUGGUCUAGGUAAACAGUCCAUGGAGCAGAGGAUUCUUGGAGAGAUACAUCGCAUCAUAAAGCCAUUGGAGCAGAGUAUCGGUAAGACCAUGGAUCCUCACAUGCUGUUCCACAAUGCAGCCUCCAACGUAAUCUGCCAAGUUCUGUUUGCUAGGCAGUACGACUACGAGGAUGAGUUCAUGAAGUUUUUUGUUGAUCUUUUUCAUGAGACCUCCAAAAUAAUCAACGGGCGCUGGGGUAUGAUUUAUGACUCUAUUCCCAUAGUACGCAACCUGCCACUACCCUUCCAGAAAGCCUUUAAGAUGUUUAAGAUGGCACAUGAAAGACGUCUGGAGCUGUUGGCUGAGAGCAAAAAAAACAGAGUUCCUGGUAAACCACGACAUUUCAUAGACUGCUACCUGGAUGAACUGGAUAAGAGAGGAGAUGAUGACUCGUCAUUUUCAGAGGACCAGCUUUGUGCAUUUAUUUUGGAUCUUCACUUUGCUGCGACCGACACGACAGCCAACACCAUGCUCACUGCUUUCCUCUAUCUCAUGAACUAUCCACAGAUACAGGAGCGCUGCCAGCAGGAAAUAGACAAAGUUCUGGAUGGGAAGGAUCAAGCCAGUUUUGAAGACAGACAUCAGAUGCCCUACGUUCAAGCUGUCAUUCAUGAGAUCCAGAGGAUGGCCAACACUGUUCCUCUCUCUGUUUUCCACUGCACCACUAAAGACACAGAGCUCAUGGGAUACUCCAUACCUAGGGGAACGGUCAUCAUUACCAACCUGUCCUCAGUGUUGUUUGAGGAGGGACAGUGGAAAUACCCUCAUGAAUUCAACCCUGAAAACUUCCUCAAUGACCAGGGAGAGUUUGUUAAACCAGAGGCCUUCAUGCCUUUCUCUGCAGGUCCACGGAUGUGUCUUGGAGAGGGUCUGGCUCGUAUGGAGCUCUUCCUCUUCCUGGUGACUCUGCUGAGGAGGUUCAAGUUCAUCUGGCCUGAGGAUGCAGGAGAGCCAGACUACACUCCUGUUUAUGGAUCGACUCAGACCCCCAAACAGUAUCGCAUGGAGGUCCAGUUCAGAAAAAACAUCUAAUAGGUCAUGACACAAUUCCAAGACAGAGGUUAUCCUGAUACUGUAAUUGGCUUAUUGAAAAUUAAAUGAAAUUCAAUAUUUUGAUAUAAAACCACUUUUCGUUGCACUUAUUAAUAUUUGAGUAUGGACAAUGGACUUGCUUGUAGUGACAAACCCACAGCUCCCCUCAGCUCUAUGGAGCGUUAUCGUGUCUUUCACAUCAUUGUUUUGAUUUCACAGUCUGCAACUUCACUGAUUUGGUUCAGUCUCGCUGCUCACAUCAAUUUGAGGUUGGAAAGUGUUCCAGCAGCUGUUUACCUGCCCAGCACCAGAUGGCAGACAAAGUUAGGGAUUAGCUGGCGAACAUAGCGGAGCAUUUAGCAGAUAUUUUUCUAAGGAGUUGCUGGAGACCAAAACAUACAGGGAGAGUGGAUGGUUCAUUUAUAUUUAAACGCUAAUGAAUGCUAAUGGUACUUCAUGUCUGCUGGGUGUGUAAAUAGGCAGAUGGACAACAGUCUGAUAGCAUAUUAGCAGUAAUAACUUAUGUGUGUUAUGUUCAGCUUAUUGUGGAGCUUGAAACAUCAUCAAAAAGAAAUAUUUUCUAUAAACCACACUGUAACCUUUAUUUAAUGCAACAAAGCUGCUGAUUGUAUUCAUAGUAUAGAUUACAGUUUGUAAAUCAUAACAUUACAUCUUAUCAGAUGAAACUACAAACUCUGACUCACUUUUUCUCAUGUUGCCAGUGUAAAAUUGAA